CGUUUGUAUCACAGACUGCUCAUUUUGACUAUUUAAGGUUUCUUUCUUCCUUCAAUGUAAAACCAGGGAAGAUUCUAUUUCAUUUCCUUGCCAACUUAGAGAGAGAGAGAGAGAGAGAUGGCAAUUGGGUUCAUGGAGGUGCAGCUUGUGAAAGCAAAGGGUCUUCAAGAAACAGAUAUCUUUGCUCAUAUGGACCCGUAUGUACUGUUACAAUACAAAGGUCAAGAGCGCAAGAGCAGUGUAAUUCAUGAGGGCGGCAGAAAUCCCAUAUGGAAUGAGAAAUUUGUAUUCAGAGUGGAAUACCCUGGAUCAGGUGAUCAAUACAAGCUCAACCUUAGAAUCAUGGACAAGGAUGUAUUUUCUGCAGAUGACUUUGUCGGCCAGGCUACAAUCUAUGUGAAGGAUUUAUUGGCGGAAGGAGCAGAGAACGGAUCAGCUGAGCUUCGUCCUCACAAGUAUAGUGUGGUUCGAGCUGACCAGUCUUAUUGUGGCGAAAUUGAAGUCGGUAUAACUUUCACCCGAAAGGAAGAGGAAUACAUUGAAGAUGAUGUUGGAGGAUGGAAGGAAAGUUGCUUUUAGUUCAGUGUGCUUCAGAUAUGGAGUUUGGAAUGUAACACGGUUACAUGGAGACAACUCUUCUUAAGUCUUUUCUGUAUGUAGUUGAAUAUGCAUGGGAUUUGAAAUCCUUUCUAGUGUUUAUGAUGUGAUGAAAACACUUGGCAUUGUUAUGACAGUUGUUAAUGAGUUUAACCAUACAAUUUGUAAUCAAAACUAAUCAUCACACAAGGAGUGAAAGUACAUAAUCAUUACUUGGAAGUUUGGUCUGAUUAAAA